AUGAAAAAGCUGAAGCUGAAGAAGCAGCUCGCUUCAGAUGAUGAUGAUGAUCGUCUCACCAUUUCAAAAUGCAACACAUGUACACCUUCUUCUUCUUCUUCUUCACUCCCCGAUUCGAUCCCGCCCGAUGUCUUUACGGAAAUCAUCUCGAGACUGCCAGCAAAAUCAAUCCCCAACUGUCGCCGCGUGUCGAAAUCGUGGGCGGCCACACUCCGCAGCUCCGAUUUCGACGAGCUGUUCCUGACCAAGUCACCGAACCAGCCUCUGAUUCUGUUCGCCUUCAUGAUUGAAUCCCGGUUACCUUUCUUCACUUCACCUCAAGAUCACGAGGACUCGUCUCUCGAAGCCACUCUUCACCGUACUUAUCUACAAAUCGAUCGUUUCUCUAAGAUCACUCCACCUGCUCGUGGAUUGCUCUGUAUCGAAGAUAAGCGAAGGAUGCUUGUGAUUUGCAAUCCAAUCACAGGUGAAUCUGUUAUUUUACCUAAACCGGAAUCGAAUCUGAUGUGGUCUAGAAGCGUUUUGGGAUAUGAGCCGGUUGAGAAACAGUUCAAGGUGUUUUGCACUACUUGGUCACCGCACCAUCCGUUGAAUACUACUCAUGGAGAGCAUUAUGUUCUGACGUUAGGUAGUAAAACUAAUUGGAGAAUGGUCGAGUCUUGGAAACCUUUUCGUCCUGUGUUUGAUGGUGGGAUUUGUAUCAAUGGUGUUUUGUAUUAUGUUGGUAAGCUUAAUUGCUAUCCAGAGGAUGUUGUGAUUGUUUGUUUCGAUGUUAGGUUCGAGAAGUUGAGCUUUAUCAACAAACCUAAAGGGAUGAGACAGAUUCAAUUUGAUUCGAGAUUGGUUAACCACAAGGGUCGAUUGGGUGUGAUUCAGUGUUCCAACUCCCGGAAAAUUACUGGAAGCACUACCAAAAGUUUUGAUUUGUGGAUUCUUGAGGAUGCCAAGAAACAUGGAUGGACGAAGCGUAUAUACGUUUUGCCUAUUCCGUGGAGGGACAUGGUUGGAAACACCAAGCUGCGUGUUCUUGGAAUGACUGGUACAUGUGAGAUUCUGUUGUCGCCGUAUGAAUUAUGUGACCCUUAUUAUCUUGUAUAUUACAAUAUUGAGAUGAACAUUGUUAGAAAAGUUGAAAUCCGAGGAUUUGGAUCGUUUAAGACUCGUACGAUACCUCAUUUAUUCGUAGAUUAUGUGGAAGAUGUGAAGUUUAUAUGA